AUGAAGCUCUCGCCUUCAACCAGACAGCGAGAUCUCGCAAUACUGUCCUCGAUCCUUCGCAUCUCGAAUCCAGUAUGCUCAAACUGUGCUGCGUCAAAAAGUCACGACCGGUCACCGCGACCGUCGUCCCAUCGAGCCUUUUCAGUCCUCAAUCGGCCACCUCCAAACUACCCAGGCCAUGUUCCUCUGACCGGCGUCGAGCGAGUCGGGCUUGCAGUUGGCAGUGCAAUCACGUCCCUUCUCAACCCAUAUCGGCACGACAUGGUUGCCGCACUAGGUGAAGCCACGGCACAACCCUUCUUCAUCUCGUGGCUACGAAAGAGAAUGCUCUCCGACCCGACGGGAAGGCGAAUUCUUCGAGACAGACCACGCAUCACAUCGAAGACUAUGUCGUUGGAAUUUCUCCGAAAACUGCCAGAAAACACUGUAGGGAGGACAUAUGCCGCAUGGCUAGACCGCGAGGGCGUCACGCCUGAUACAAGAGACGCAGUGCGCUACAUUGAUGACGAGGAGGAAGCGUAUGUUAUGCAACGCUACCGCGAGUGUCACGACUUCUACCACGCUGUGACAGGUUUGCCGGUCUGGGUCGAAGGGGAAUUGGGAUUGAAAGCGUUCGAGUUUGCCAACACUGGACUACCAAUGACGGGCCUCAGCCUUGCGGCCAUCAUCCGACUCAAACCCUCCGAACGCCAGAGGAUGCUCCAGAUCUUCCUGCCUUGGGCAUUUGCCAAUGGCUGGCGCAGCAAGGACCUGAUCAAUGUGUACUGGGAAGAAGAGCUCGAAACUGAUGUCGCUGAGCUGCGAAAGAGGCUGGGUAUCGAGCAACCGCCGGACCUGAGGCUAAUUCGGAGGAAACUGAGAGAUGAGAGGCGUGCCGCGAAGGAGGCUGCAGAAGUGAAAACGGCUCCAUCAUAG